AGCGGCCCGCUCGGCGCCCACUCCCGCUUCACCUUUUAUGGAGACGGCCGGGCAGGGGGCGGCGGCAGCGGCGAGGCUCCAGUGGAGGCCGCCGCUCGGCACACGCAAGGCGAAGAUGCUGCCGCUGCCGGCGGAGACGCGGCGCCGCUCCACGCUCUUCAUCCGGCUGGCGCCCCCCGGGAGGGCUCCGCUGGCGAAGGACAGCCUGAGAGGCCCGCGGAGCCCCCGCCGCCCCGCCGCGCCCGAGCCGCCGCGCCCCUCGGCCAGCGGAGGUGGCGCUGCGUUCUCCUCUCCUUCCUGCGGGCCCAGCAGUCCGGUGGAGCCUGCCCCGGGGGCUGCCGCCGCCGCUCCGCCGCCGCCGCCGCCGCCGCCGCCCUCUGCCCCCGCCUGGGUGGAGCCCUUUGUUCCUGCUGCCCCGAACGCGAGGGGGGCUUGGCCAGCCGCAGCCCCACAGACCUCUUCCGCAUUUCCAGCAGACCUAAGACACACUCGCAUUCCAUCUUCCAGCCUUGGUCGGGCUGGGGAGACCGAGGCGCUGGUGGAGAGGGCUGUUUCUCCAGACAUCUGUGCCUUUUGCCACAAAACCAUCUGCUCCUGGGUUCCUGCCAUCCAAGCAAUGAACAAGCAGUACCAUGCGGAGUGUUUCCUGUGCCGGGUGUGCCACUCUGCCUUGGCAGGACAGCCCUUCUUCCAGAAAGAGGGGCGGCCUUUGUGUGCUGCCUGCUACAAGAACACCCUAGAGAAGUGUGCCAAGUGCCAGGCUCUCAUCCUGGACCAGAUCGUGCGGGCCGUGGGCAGCAGAUACCAUCCCGAGUGCUUUGUCUGUGUGGAAUGUGACCGGAGCAUUGUGGAGGAGUCCUUUGCAGUGGAUGAGGAGGGUGGAGUGCAUUGCCUUGACGACUUUUACAGGAAGUUUGCAUACAUGUGCAGUGCCUGUGAGAAGCCCAUUACUCCCAGCAAAGAGAGGGACAGCUACAGGAUCGAGUGCCUGGGACGAAGCUUCCACGAAGACUGCUAUCGCUGCCAAAGCUGCCGGGUCCUGCUGUCCCCAGAACCUACGGACGAUGGCUGCUACCCUCUAAAUGGCUGCCUCUUUUGCAAAUCUUGCCACGUCAAGCAAAAAGAAUGAUCCUGCUGAGCAAAUGAGGCACAAGCAUCUUUCUUGGGUCUGCAGCAGACGGGGUGUGCGGACCAAAGGAGCCAGCAUGGCGGGUUUCCACAUUCUGACCUCACGUUUCAUCUCGUUUUCUCCCAUCUGAGCCUUUUUCUUCUUUUGUUUUAGAGUUUAAUUUUGGGGCGGAGCAUAACACACUGGGCAGUCAUGAGAUUUGAUGCUGGAGACCUGUGGGGCACAGUGAAAGAAACCUUCCCUGCCCCUUUACCUCCCAGAAAGCUUGCUGCAGCUGCUGGCUACAAGUCCACAACUGGUACAUGCCUGCCUGUCAUGGGCUGGGUGGGGGGAGGCUUGGCUGGAUUCUGAAAGGGUGGUGAUUUUAUGUGCUGGAAGGUAAAGUCCAAAGAGGGACAGCUUGUGAACUUCCACUGAUUGGACAUGAGCUGUGUCUUCAAAAUGCCACUAAAGAGGUGGGUAAAUCUAUCCGCAGUUCAGAGUCCAGUUGCAAGUCUCGCUCAUCCGCCUCCUCCAGUUCAGGGAGAAUCCAUAGUGCAGUGUCACUUCAUGCUGUACAAAUGGCAAAUGCAGCUUGCACAACAAAGACCUCAGCAGAUAAGAGGUCACCAGAGGGAGCAACUGCAUCCGUACCUCAGUCACAGAUUUCCUCAGCCACGGGAAGGGCAGCAAAACACUUGAAAAAUAAAGGUGCUUGACGAGUGGCUGUCUCCCCCUUCCUCCGCUCCGUCUGGCAGGGAAAUCAGCCUGCACCCCCUUUUCAGCUCGGGGCAGGAAUUUCAGUUAGCCUAAAGAGAGAGGAGGACCCUUGGUGAGAACGAGUCAAGAAAUCGCUGCAACAAGUCUUGGGGAUGCUUUUCAUGCUUCUGAACAAGCCUGACAGUCGGCGUUCCCUACUAGCAUCCUCCAGGUUGUGAUCAAAAGAUAAAAGGAAUGGAGGAAGGAGGGGAGGCAAAAAACGUGCAGGGGUGAGGUUGGCUUCACGUCCCCAGGGCUAAGCUCCAGGAGCGGGUGUGAAGGCCAGGACUUGUGUGAGGGAAGAAUGAAAAGGGGGCUCCUUGUGAGCAGAUCCACCACAAACGAGGUUUCCCGAGCAACCCCACACACCUGGGCAGGGGCCUUCAGGGCAAAGGGAACACUUGUACUGGACCCUGAUGUCCCGUCGUUAUCGAUUCAGAAAUUAUUUUCGCUCCCCCACCACUCACUCCUAUUCUCAUUUUUGCUUCGAGUUCUUAGGUUUACUGAAAAGUUUGCUGUAAAGCAAGAGUGUGCACAUAUACAGAAUGCAUUGGCAAAAAUGGCUGCCUAGUUUUGUUUUUUUAACUAUGUAUGCUUCUCAUGCCAAAGUCUCUUCUUCCAUCAAUGCUUCUUUUCUCCAUAAGGGGGCAGCACAGAUGCCUCAAUCGUAUUCUCCUGACGGAGGCGGGCAGGCGAGGCUUCUCCCUCUGCCUCUUUGCUGUAUUUCGCAUAUUGAGCGGCAGAUUUCAUCCUGGCGAAUCCUGACUCUUUUGGUUUGAAACUGCCAUCUAUGAUGUCCAGUAUCACAUCUCAAACUUGAAUUUAAAAUUUUUUUUACUGCACAAAUCGAAUAAACUGCUGAAAACAGAGAAGGUGUAAGGUUAUGCAGUAUCCUUCUCAGAAAUCUCUUGAGACCUUUAAAAUCUUUUUUGAGUCUGCCCCUUUCAUUUUUCUUUUUAUAUCGGUCUCUCUUCUACUACAUUAAAAGAUGGAAGAAGCGGUUUUAGAAAUUGCUGUGCCUGGGACCUUUUAUUACAGAUGUCCCCAAUGAUAAUUGUGGUGUGUGAAAAUAAUUUUUAAGGAAAAAUAUUAAAUUUUAAUAUGUAUGA